UUAAAUGUCCAUAUCUAACUUUAAGUUUCUAAGCAAAGGCAGGUAAGCAAUCAAUUUUAAAGCAUAAAAAUAAAAAUAAAAUAAUUUCUAAAUAAAAAAGCUAAAGGAUGAGAGUCAUACUCUGCGUAAUCAUCCAACCAAAGAUCUUCUCAACAUUUCAUCUUGGAUGUCAGUGUGAAUAGACGAGUGAGUAGGGUAUAGAUAUUUACUAUAGAUUGAUUGAUCCUCAGAAUCCCAUCUGUCUGACACCAGCAAAACCAAAUAACACGCAAAAAUCCAAUUUUCCCUUUUCCAACCUGUUCCUUAUCUUUUCCGAAAAUUUGGCGCGAAAAUAGCCAUGAAGAUCGAAAAUCUGGACGGAGAAAUUCACGCGAAGACCAAUCUCUCGACAUCGUCCGGUAAGGCUCGGGCGAGCGGAGAUGACAAUCACAAAGAAGAGGAGGAGCUGUUUGUGCCACCUCUGAAUUUCUCCAUGGUCGAUUGUGGUGUCUUCAGGUCUGGAUUUCCUGGCUCUGCCAAUUUCAGCCUUUUGCAAUCCCUAGGGAUUCGAUCAAUUGUAUACUUGUGCCCGGAACCCUAUCCGGAAGCCAACAAUGAGUUUGUCAAGGCAAAUGGGAUUAAGCUUUGCCAGUUCGCAAUCGAAGGCUGCCAGGAGCCUUUUGUAAACAUUCCGGAGGAAACAAUUCGAGAAGCUUUGAAAGUAGUUCUUGAUAUGAGGAAUCACCCGGUUCUAAUUCAUUGCAAACGGGGGAAGCACCGAACGGGCUGCCUCGUGGGCUGCUUAAGAAGAUUGCAAAAAUGGUGUCUUUCAUCCAUUUUCGACGAGUACCAGAGAUUUGCUGCAGCAAAAGCGAGACUUUCAGAUCAGAGGUUCAUAGAAAUGUUUGAUAUCUCUAGCCUAAACCAGUUGACAUACGCAUUUUCGUGUUCAAGGAGAAAAACAGAAGUAGAAAAAUAGUUGAUAGAAAGAGAACUUAUCUUACAAAAUAUGGGGUGUGCUAUGAGUAUGUUGUGUUUGCUUGUUCAUCAGUAGAGUUAUUUUGGCACUUCUUUAUACGUGGAAUUUUUUUAA